AUGUUGAGGAUCGCCAUGCUUGACUAUCUGCGAGAGGGUGACGAACCACUGGAAUAUGAAGGGAAAUGCCAUGACCUCGCCUCGACCUAUCGGAAUCGUUUUACAGAUUGCUUGAUACUUGCCGAUUAUACUCACCCACAAGAAUCUCUCAUCGAGGCCUUGAUUAUGCAUCAAUAUGGGGAGUAUGUCGGAAGUCGGGAUGCCAGGUCGAGUGUUUGGGUCCUAGGCGGAAUGAUUGUUCGACUCGCGAUGCGAAUGGGAUAUCAUCAAGAAUCACAGCCAUCUCUACCAUCUACCCCAUUUAAGACCGAGAUGCGGCGCAGAGCAUGGGCUUUCAUCAGACAAUGCGAUAUCCUCGUUUCAUUUCAGAUGGGGCUUCCUUCGAUGAUAAGCUCACGCAUGCUUGAGGCUCCCCUUCCUCGAAAUAUCCACGAUGACGAUAGCUUCAACGAGAAUUCUGUCACCCUUCCACCUGCGCUACCAGACUCCGAGCCAACACAGAUAUCCUACCUCAUUGCAAAAACGAAAUUGGCCUUCGGGUUUGCUCGUGCACUGGAGGAAAUUACUGAGGCUAGCACAAUGCCGUGGGAACGAAUUCUUGAGAUCGACCGAGAACUCAGGCACAUUUACGAUGACGUUCCCGACUACUAUAAAAUCGGUCACUUAUCCAGCGAUGACUCUCUUGUGCUGGUCUCCUGUCGAUUCGUGCUAUCCAGCAUUCAUCACAAGUCCCUUUGCGUAGUGCAUAGUCGCUUCCUCGAAAUUGCUAGAUCAGAUUAUAGGUUCAUCUACUCGAGACGAGUUUGCCUGAGCUCAGCUAUGUCAAUCCUCCGAUUUCAGGCUAUACAGAACCAAGACAUUCCAGUUGACGGCCGUUUGCGAAGUCUCACUAAUUACCAGACAUCAUUGGCGAUACACGAGUAUCUCCUGGCCGCAACAAUAAUCACCGCGGACCUAAGUUCAAGUGCUACAGACAAUACUGCAAACCAACAACCCAUAAAUGGUGUACCGACACGGUCUGAAAUGAUCAAGGCAUUGAGCUUGAGUGCACGCAUCUUUGCACAGAUGCAAGAUCAGAGCAUGGAAGCUUAUAAAGCAGCUGAUGUUCUUCAGAUGCUUGUCAAAAAAUUCGAGGCAGAGGAUCAAAACAGCGCGCGAAGCCCGAAGGAGCGCCAAAGUGCGGAAAUUGGGCGACCGACUGGCACAAGACCGAACGCCAUCAGGCCUGGUUCCGGGUCUUCAGGUCGCCAAACCACACAUCCAGGGUCAUCCUUGAGAACGACCGAUAAAUCACCCUCUAUGAACUUCAGCUCUGGGCUAAACCUAGGUUUUGCUGAUGAUAGGCACACCCAACAACCUUCGCGGGGCCCUUCACGCCUCUCUCAGAGCGUUCAUCCUGAAAUGUCGAAUCCAAAAAAGAUGGGAAUGGAGGGAAUCGCGAAUCUGGACCCACUGGCGUCCUGGCCUGAAUCCCACGAUGGUAGCCUUGUCACACAAUCCAGCCUUCUCACGCAAAUGUUCCCGGACUUUGAUGGUUCUGCCAAUUGGAUGACGCCGGAACAGACAGAUGAUUCCUCGCAGUCAAUAGUAGAGGACAGGGUCCCUUCAGGUGCGCCAGUUUCCACGGAAGCAAAUGGUUUCAACUACUCGGCAGGAUUAUCUCUGACAGAUCCCAUGUCUUCUCUUUGGAAUUUCAGCUCAGGGACUUCAGGGGGAUUCUAA